CAGCAACUUCAAUUUUCUCAGCAAGAUCAACGUGAACUUGCUCAAUUUCUUGAGGCUGAACAAGCCAAAGCUCGAGUUCAAGAAACAGUUCACAGUUUAACAGAUAAUUGUUGGGAUAAAUGCAUCGCCAAAGUCAACAAUAAGUUAAGUAGCUCUGAAGAAAGCUGCCUUGCAAAUUGUGUAGAUCGAUUUCUAGAUACCAGCAUAUUUAUUGUCAAGCGUUUAGAGGAUUUACGAUCAUCCAACAUGUAA